AUGAAUAUAAAAAAUGAAAGGGAUUUUAUAAAUAUGGAUGGUGAUGAAGAAUUUGUGUCUAAUAUUGAAGUUCAGAUUCCUAGUCAACCUAUGGUUUUAAAUAUAUAUAAUGUAAUGGCUAGUGCUUAUUCAGGAAUAAAUAUAGACUUAGAUUGGUUUGUAGAAUCAUUUGGGAACACUUACUAUGAACCAUGUGAAUUUCCUGCAGCAAGAGUUGAUAUUCAACAUUUAAAAUCUAAUAGUAUUGUAACUAUAUCAGUAUUUUCAAAUGGAAAACUUCAAGCUACUGGAGGAGCUACAGUAGCUGCUUCAAAAGUUUCUAUGAAGAAAUUGAUAAUAAAAUUGAGGUGUUUAGGAAUGAAUAAAGCAAAAUUACUCAAUUUCGAAGUUCAUAAUAUUCAAGCAGUUGUAGAUGCUGGAUUUCCAAUAAACUUAAGGUUAUUAUGCAGUAAUUAUAUUUAUGUUGAUUAUGAACCUGAAAGAAAUCCAGGUGCAAAAAUUAGAAUCCCUCCAGAUUAUAUUAAUGAUAAGGAGUGUAACCCAGAAUAUUUACAUAAAAAGACAUUGGCAUCUCAAUACAAUAAUGGAUCUAAAUUGAAAAUUGAAAUUGUAACAUUAACUGUUCACUUCUCAGGGAAAAUUGGAAUGGCAGGAGCAAGGAGCAUUGAAAGUCUUGAUAGAGUAUUAAAUUAUAUAAAACCUUACUUAAUAAAAUCUAGACUGACAUGA